AUGGCACCUUCUACUCCUAAAAGGAACGGUGCUAGUGAGUUUUUGCAUCACAGCGAUGGUGAUUUAGGGAAUACAGAUAUGGAUGCUGGUAUAUUUGAUGACAAUUUCGUUGAAUAUAAUGAUACGAGGACGUUAAAGACCCCGAUGAAAGGUGGCACCAAAUCACUAUUGCAACCAGUGACGCCAAUUACAGCCACAAAAAAGACUGAACGGACUUCAUUAAAUUUAUUCGAUAGCACCAACACUCACUCUAAGGACUCACUAAGGACUCCUAUUAAUCAAGCCACUGAAAGUCCAAGAUUGUUAACUCCGUCGCAGAUUGUGUCUGACAGCAAAUCAAUAAGUAGAGUGCUUUUCCCUUUGGAUAAUACAGAAGAAUCUGAAGAAUACGAGGAUAAAGACUUUGUCCAUAACAAUUCAAAUAAACUUGUGUUUGAAGAUACGAGCAAAAGAAAAGCUCAAGAAUCAUCAAUUAUUGAAGAAGGCACGUUCAAUAAAUUGAGAAGAUCGACACCAGGCACCCCGAGUAACCAGAUAAUAACAGAAGAUAUAAAAAAUGAAUGGCAUAAUGAAAAUAAUACAAUAUCUAUAUUUGAAGAAAAACGAACAGAAUAUGUCAAAGAAACGAAAUUAUACAAUCCAUUUGAAGUAGAUGACAUUUUAACUGAAGAAGAGAUUUUAAGAAGGAAGAAUGAAUUGAUUCAAAAUAAUCAAAAUAUCGAAGAUGUCGUGACAUACUUCAAUAAAAAUGGUAAAAUUGUUAGAACAAGGAAAUUGACAUCAGAGGAGAAGGAGAAAUUUAAACCAAAAAGACUUUUUAAAGAUAACUAUUAA